AAAUGUCGUCUUCUCUUCACAGCCCAUUCGUUUCCAUUGGUCACUUCCAUUGCCACCACAACAACCAAAACCAUAUCUCGCCGCCGCCGUCGACGACGACGACACUUGCUUCACCACCGUAUCGCUAUCAACAGAGGAAAGAGAUAAGAAGCGUGUUAACUCUUUCUUCUAAUUCCAUGGAUAUUUGUGGCGUUGAUUCCGAAGGGAAAGAGUUUAAUAGCGUACAAGAGAUGUGGAGAGAAGAAAUUGGAGAAGGAGACGAAACUAAAAAAACCCAAUGGUAUAGAGAUGGUGUUUCUUAUUGGGAAGGUGUUGAAGCUUCUGUUGAUGGAGUAUUAGGAGGAUAUGGGCAUGUGAAUGAUGCUGAUAUUAUAGGAAGUGAGGUUUUUCUUAAGACUCUUUUGCAAGAAAGAUUAGUUAACAAUGUUGGAGCUAAUCAGCAUUUAGUAGCUCUUGAUUGUGGAUCUGGUAUUGGAAGAAUCACUAAAAAUCUUCUGAUUCGAUACUUUAACGAGGUUGAUCUUCUUGAGCCUGUAGCACAAUUUUUGGAUGCAGCUCGUGAAAAUUUGGCAUCUGCAGGCUCUGAAACGCACAAAGCUACUAACUUUUUCUGUGUACCUCUUCAGGAGUUUACUCCAGCUGCUGGGAGGUAUGAUGUAAUAUGGGUUCAAUGGUGCAUUGGGCAUCUCACGGACAAUGACUUUGUUUCUUUCUUUAACCGCGCAAAGGGAUACCUUAAACCUGGUGGGUUUUUCGUCGUGAAAGAGAAUCUCGCUAAAAAUGGUUCCUUUUCGCUCUCUCUCUCUCUCUCUCUUUUGGAUUCUCACUUUGGUAUUCUUAUGAUCUGAUACUAAACUGCUAUAUAUGUUUGUUUUUUUUCUGCAGGAUUUGUUUUGGAUAAAGAGGAUCAUAGCAUCACCAGAUCGGAUCCAUACUUCAAACAGCUCUUUCGCCAAUGUGGGUUACAUCUCUAUAGAACAAAGGAUCAGAAAGGUCUUCCACAAGAGUUAUUUGCUGUAAAAAUGUAUGCGUUAACGGUUGACACACCACCCAAAAUCCACCGAACCAGGUCAAAAACUCGAAGCAACAGACCGCAGAUUAUCAAAUGACAAAGCUUCCGAUUGGUUUACUACGGAGUCUUAAUCGUUUGGUGUAAAGAGAGAAGCUACCAAAGGUGUUGUAAGAUCUGGAUCAAGGCUUGGCUGCUUCAUUGUCACAUGGUUUGGUUUUGUGCAUGCUCGAUUCUCCUCUCCUCCAUCACCUUACCAAGUCAUAAACUCUCGUGUACUCAUGACUAAACCUGUUUCUGCUCCAUUCUGUUUUUUAUCUGAUAAUUUGUCCGGACUUGAAGAAAUUAGAAUUGUGAUCCUUUUACUGUAGCCACAUAUUCCUAUACCAUUUUUGUUUAAAAUAUUUAAUUGUACUAUAUUUCGAUGUUCUACAAGUUAAUCCAAAUAAGUUUUCUAUUAUUU